AUGAAACUAUUUCUUCUGCUGUGCUUGGUCGCUAUUGUUUCUGCAAAACCAACUGACAGUGAGCCACCUAAAGAUGAAACUUUACCGGAGUCUGACGUCAUUUCAGAAAACAAAGAGAUCAUAGGAGUCUUAGACGUGCGUCCGAAAGAUGGGACUCCCUUAAUUGAUCCAGGUUUUGCCCGCAUUCCUCUUGUAACGACUCCUCCACCGUCGAAUAACUCUGAAUCAUUUGAGCUCGUGGGAUGUGUAGAUUUAACUAGACCUACAUAA